CUCAGGUGCUGUCUUUGUGGAGUUUGUACAUUCUCCCGGCGAUCAUGCGGUUUUCCCCAGAUGCUCCGGUUUCCUCCCACAUUCCAAAGACGUGCGGGGUUGUAGAGUCAAUUGGCCUCUGCAAAUUGCCCCUAGUGUGUGAAGUGGAUGAGAAAUGGGAAAACAAAGAAUUAGUGUGAUCAGGGUGAUCAAUGGUCAGCAUUGACUCGGUUGGCUGAAGGGCCUGUUUCCAUGCUGUAUCUUUAAACUAAGAACUAAACUAAGCUCCUUACAUACAUGGAGAGUACAGUGAUUAUUUUGGAAAAUAUGAAUUGCUUUUCCAACAGUUUUACAUUUAUUUACUUAAUGCCUCUAAUAUUGUUAUUUAAAAUAUAAAAGUACUUUAUAUGCAUGAAUCUAAGGGAAGAUAUUUAUUCUUCAUUAGGUUGGAUAUAUGUCAUAAUUUAACAAGGUAGGCAACAGGGGGUUUUGAACUGUAAUGAAUUGUUGCUUUGGUAGUAUUCCAAAUAUCAGAGCUCAUUCCAGCAGCUCAAAUUUAGUUUAUUUUUACUGACAUACACAUUUAUCUAAAUAUAAAUGUGACCUCUCUGUGAGCCAGACAUGUGUACUAUUCAGAACUCAGCUGGGAGGACUAAACUCAACAUCAAAAUUGUUCUCGGUAUCACUAAAGCUGAGAAGGAAGAGGCUUAAUUAAAAUGAUCAGAAAUCAAACUUUAGCUCCUCGGCUGCACACUCACUGUGAAAGUUGUUACAGCCGCCACUGCAAGAAGUCGUUUGAACCUUCUGUUUCUUGUUUAGUUGUCAGUUGUCCCUCCAAGUGCGGUGCUCUUUUUCACCAGUGUAAGGAGAAUGAACACACACUGCUGUGCCCUCUAGAACAUGUUCCUUGCAUAAAUUCAGGCUUGGGCUGCCCCUUCUCCAUGGCCCGCUUCAAACUUGGCAAACACCUCCGUACCUGUCCCGCCAGCGUUGUGUGCUGCUCCAUGCAAUGGAACCGCUGGCCAGCCAACCAAGAGGACAUCAUGUCAGUGAAUAAUGUCAUGGAGGAAUCCUUGAAUCCGGAGAACCUGGAUCUGGGCACCGCCAUGAGGGACCAGAGAAUAGUCUUCAAUUCGGUCAGGAUGGCUGAACUCUUCCCGGAGAUGGCACAGGCUGUUGGUGAGAAUGAUUUGGAUUGGAAAGAGCCUGGGCUGGAAGGAGCAUCGCUUGUGGCUUCUGCUCGUUUGGAUGGUGAUCACCUUGUGGCAGAGUUGGAAACACAUCAAAAUGGAACCGACAAAGUCAGUACUGGCGGGGCAGAACCAACUCAGGAAGAAGAAACGGCAGAUUCUGAGGAAGGGCUAUAUCUUUCCAAGUAUUCUGCUUGGGAGGGGAUUUUCAGUAAGGACAGAGGUGGCUGUAUGGGUGAAGAGCCAACUCCAAAAGUAAAUAAGCAGAAGAUUGAGCAGGCAGAUAAUAUGAAGAAAGUGACUGAAAGCAACUCCAGUUCACCGGGCGUGGCUUUGUCAGCAGCAGCAGGGACAACAGGUCAAGCUCCUUGGCAAGAAGGUGUUCUGGAUAGACUCAAAUCUCAAAUGGAUAGCAAAGACUUCAACAUGUAUCUGGCACAUCAUGGCAGCAUGCUGAUUCGAUUUGGUCAGAUCAGUGCCUGUACGCCCAAGGAUAGAGACUUUGUCUAUGGAAAUCUAGAGGCCCAGGAGAUCAUAACAGUCAACACCUUUAAGCUCCCAACCAGCUACCGAAUUAACCGCCAACAUUUUAUAGACCGUUCAUCACGUAAGCUGGAGAACAAAUCUGUGGACACUUCUGACCUGGUAACAGUGAGUCAUCAGAAUGACGAGGUAACAAUUUCAUUGCUUUGCAACUUGGAGAAAAUGUUAAAAGGCCACACCAUCUCAGAAACAAACAAGACGGAUCGCCUCGUAAAAGAUGUGGCCACCCAGACUUACUUCUUCCCCUCUGCUCCCUUUGGUCCCGAUGUGGUUUUGGCCGAUGUGGCUUCAGAUAAAGCCUCUUGCCUAUAUUUGCAACUCCACACAGAUUGCAUCACCAAAAGAUACAGCAAGUCGGCCUCUGUCUUUACUUUUAUGUGCCACCACUUCUUCAGACGGGAUGAGUUUUCGUCACAUUUUAAGAACGUACAUGCGGACAUUCAGUCAUCUCUGAACGGGUGGAUGGUACAAAAGUGUCCGUUAGCUUAUCUUGGCUGUUCCUACUCCCAGCUGAGGUUCGCUCCCUCCAUGCAGAAGGCAAGGGUGAUCUACAAUCAACAACAAAGUGCGUUUGCAAUCAAACCAGUUGUCACUGCGGUUUUAUGUAACGGGGACAUAAGUGUACGAAGGAGCGGGAAGAAUUUAGUUGUCCUAAGUCAUCUUCCAUCUGAGAUAUUGAGGUACAUUGCAAGCUUCUUGGACUGCUACAGCCUAACACAGUUGUCCCAAGUGUCGGUACUGAUGAAUGGGAUCUCCUCUUCCUUAUUGCAAGAGCGUGGCAUGGUUCACCUUGUCUGGGAAAGGAAAAAUUACUCGCAUGGAAGCUUUUCUUGGAGAGCUCGGAAAAGGAGGUGGCAAUUUAGCUCUGUCUUUUCCACAAUUGAAAACUGGAAUUUUAGUGACAACCCCAGCAUGGCCGAACAUCUGAAGACCUGUUCCUACUACGUGACGGAGCGUAGAUCAAAUCGUGUGCCUCUCAUCAGCUUGUGCAAAACUCAGAAAUUGGAACAAGAGAAAAAGAACCUUACUCAUAUGUUUAAUAGGAAAAAGGCAGCAAAUAGAUUUUCUAAUCUGACUCUGUGAAGCUUUAGUGUCUAGAUCUUGAUUUUGUUACUGUGAAUUCAGUACCCUUAAGUGGUAACUAUAUUGCACAGUUUAUAUAUAGGAUAUAUUAAAAUGCAGCCAUUUUAAAUGUAUUAUUAAAUGUAGAGUUGCUGCCUUACAGCGAAUGCUGCACCAGAGACCCGGGUGCUGUUUGUAUGGACUUUGUACGUUCUCCCAGAGACCUGCAUGGGUUUUCUCCAAGGUCUUCGGUUCAAGCUCUCACAUUUCAAAGACGUAGAGGUUUGUAGGCUAAUUGGUUUAGCAAAUGUAAAAAUUGUCCCUAGUGGGUGUAGGAUUGUGUUAAUGUGCGGGGAUCGCUGGUCGGCGCGGACCCGGUGGGUUAAAGGGCCUGUUUCCGCUCUGUAUCUCUAAACUAAUACUGUAUUCUGUCUGACAUGGAAACUUCAGAGAGGAUAGUAUUGCAGGACAUUUUAUGCAAGCUACUUAACCACAGUUUAUCUUUAUGUAAUGUGACACAGUGCAGAAAAAUUUACAGAGACCAAUGAACCUUCAAACUUGCACGUCUUUGGAGUGUGGGAUGAAACCGGAGCACCUGGAGGAAACUCAUUCAGUCACAGGAAGAACAUGCAAACUGCACACAGACAACACCUGUGGUCAGGAUCAAACCCGGUUCUCUGGAGCUGUGAGACGACAUAUUGUUGUAGGUGUGGUACAUGGACCUGCCCAAACGUAUUGCAGGCUAGUUACUUCUGUUCUUACCAGAAGUUCUUACCAGUACGUUCAUGGCAGUUUCAAGCAUGGAACAUUCUGGGCAGAGCCUGGAUUUGAACGGCAGACAAAGAAGAAUUGGUAACACAAAUGUUGGAGGAACUCAGUGGGUCAGGCAGCAUCUGUGGAGGGAAUGGACAGCCGACUUUUUGGAUCUGAAGAAAGGUCCCUGCUCAAAUUGUCAUCAAUCCAUUCCCUCCAAAGAUGUUGCCUGGCCCGCUGAGUUCCUUCAGCACUUUGUGGUUUACUCAAGAUUCCAGCACCUGCAGUUCCUUGCUGUCUCCAGAAGAAUAACUCAAUCUGAUUUGCUUCUGAACAUUUACUUGUAUUAAGCUGGAGAAUGAUAUGGGCAAAAUAAAAUGGCAGAAGUUAUAUUUUAAUAAAGAUUUGCUGUAUUUAAAUAGAAUAAUUGUGCUUAUUAAGAGAGAUGCAAUUUCACCCUCAGAUGUUCUGAUUCUAGUUGGAUGCAAGGUGUUCAAAGUGAAUCUUUGCUUCAAAUACCAAUGCUACACUCACCCUUCUUAUUGACACAAUAAACACAUUUUCAUUCAUAGAGCAAAUAUCUCCCACUUUAAUAACCAGAAUUUUAGAAAAUACUGAGGCUGCACCGAUCCUUGUUACAUAUUUCAACAACGGACUAUUAUAUUUCAGAUCGUCAGAUCAUGUUUUCUUAAACAAAUUAACAAAACAAGCAACAAAUAUUUAAAAUAGGGACAUUUUCUGUUGGCUAGAUAGGCCACAACUACGAUGGUAUAGAACACAAAGUGCUGGAGUAACUCAGUGAGUCAGGCAGCAUCUGUGGCAGGGCUCGAAAUUCACGGUUGCCCGGGUGCCAAUGACCACUCAAACUGCCGCCGGGCAACCUAAACGGCGAGUCAUUUUGCCCGGCUUGGCAACUUG